UUCUCUUUACUAUUUCCAGGGACAAGGCAUGCGUGUUUUUUUUUCCAGUUUUACUGAACAAAAUUUAUGGAGUUGCUAUGGAGGAAUUCAGAAAUUUUCUGAAGAGUGGUUCUAUCCUCUUUAUUGAAUCCUUUGCUGGACACAUGCUCACAGCGGGGUCUGAUAUGCGGACAAGAUGUAUACUUGCAGAAUUAUUUGUCUCUGGGGAGCUACUUACACUUAUUGAGGAUUUCCUUAUAAACAGAAGAAUUCUGGUGUAUAGUGAUGUUUCUUCUCAUUCAUUAACCCUUCGUGGUUCAAUAGUUGACACCUUUCUGCACCAAAAAGAAGUGCAGCUGUCAUAUGAAACGGCUCUAACGCAUCAGCUACUGGCGGGGAGCAUUUUAUUAUCAGCAUUAUGUGCAGCGAUUGACUGUUUUGCGUUCUUAUGUAGGAUGUAUUGGUGCUUCCACAUGGAUUGGUGCCUUCCACAUGGAUUGAUGUAUUGUGCUUGUACUCUGAUUUAUUUUUUUGUAUUGUUGAAAGUUAGUGGAAAUUUUGUAAAGAAGGUACAACCUGGAAUUUGGAAAACAAUGGAGUAGAAUUUGGUUUAUUUUG